UUGCAAUAAAAGGAAUGAUUAAUACUCGAGAGCAGCUUCGGUGCGGUAGAAAAGGAUGUAGGUAUACCACAAACAGAUCAUACAAUCUAGAGCGGCACGAACGCAACCAUGAGAAAGGCAAGGUACCGGUAUCCCAGUGCCAACCAUGUCCGCAUUGCACAUAUGCCGCUGGAUCACUUCACAAUUUAAUGCGACAUAUAAACAACAAGCAUGCAAUGUUAAGCGUAAACAAGCAAAAGGAGCAACUACCGUGCAGUCAAGCAGGGCUUCACAAGAAAUUGGCGUCGACAGAGCAGUCCAGAUUAGAAGAGAGAGAAAGGGAAGAAUAUCAAGAAGAGAACCCAGCGCAACAGUUAUUCACAUUUGACAAUGAACGCUUGCGGCCCUCGCAUUGGCAUUGGAGCACGCUGCAGCAACAAGAGAAGAAUUUCUUUAGGCGUAGUGCUCUGAAUGCAGAGUGUACGAUCCUCGAGCGGACCGUCAACAUGUUCAAGUUGUACUUAUUGGUAAAAGCAAGGGGAGGAGCUCUUAAUGUGGAUGAUUGGGAUAAUGUUGCGGCAGCCCUGGGUCUUCCACAAGAAUCAGGUCGACAUGUUCAUGCCAAGUACAUGGAUGUCCUUAUUCAAUAUGAGAAAAAUGAGGAGGAGCGUUUACAGAAAUGUCGGAAGGUCGAAGGUGUUCCUUUUUGGUGGGAUGAUGGUGAUUUUAUUAUGGAUAGCGAAUGUUGUACGCUAGAGGAUUCAUGGUGGCCAAAUGAGGAAUGCCCAUCACUAAAUGUUCAAAAUGCCAUUGUUGAAAUGAUUUUAAAUAAGUAUUAUUUGAAUCAUUUAAAGAACAGUGAACCAUUCAAACGGUUUCACGUAAAGGACUCGUGGCUUUGGGCCACAAUGCUUAACUAUCAAGCACUAAUAAGCCAAAUGAAUUUUAAACAUUAUACUGAUUCUUGAUUGUUCAAAUACAGUAAACAUUAUUUUAUUAAUAAUUGUUAAAAA